AUGUUUAGUCGUCCAAUACAAACAGAAUGCAUGAAAAAUGCGGAUAUAUUUUCGUUUACUAUGGAUGAGAGUCAAACAAAAUUUAUUUUUGUUGGAAAUCAUUGUUUUAUACUUAUGAAUUUUGAACUAAGUGAUUGUUUAUCAACGAGCAAUAUACAUCGUUCUCCAUUGUUCGAUCCAUGUAAUGUUAACAAACCGGUUAUCGAAUGGAAUCGUAAAAAAGAUCAUACAACAGAAUUUUGUGUAGCUAUCGAUCGAACUGUUAGCUGUUACACGCUAGAUCAAUCGAGAAUUACUUCAACGAGUACUAUUCUAUAUACGGACCAUCAGCGUCCAAUCAGUACAGUAUGUUAUUCUGUUGAUGAUAGUGCCAGUAUAUUGACAGGCUCAUUAGAUGGCACUGUGCAUGUAUGGGAUACACGGAAACCUCAUCGUGGUACUAAAUCGGUAGACAUAAUAUUGAAUACUCCUUAUACCGUUAGACGUAUUAAAUCGGAUCCUUCUUCUACGACUAUAGCCGUUCAGUGUGAUCAAUGUGUUCGUUUGUACGAUAUAAGACAACCUUCUGCUUUUUUGGGUGAUUAUGAACACACAAGUCGUCUGAUUGACAUUGAUUGGCGAAAAUCUGGUAGUUUGUUAACAUUAUCCAUCAAUAAUAUCAUUCGUUUAUAUGAUCCAUUAACUAUUAAAUCAUCUACUCAUCCACUCUAUGAAUCACAACCAUUAGGAGACUCUUCACAAUGUUUAUCAAAAAUACGUUCAACACCAUAUCCCAGUUUAUUUCUAACUAGUGUCUAUAAUCAUCAACAACAACAAUACGGAUUUUUACCAUGGCAAAUUAAUGUCGAACCAGAUGACGAUGGUGGUGGCGUCAGUGAAUUACGACAAUUUGAUGGAUGUCAAAGAAUAAUCAACAAUCAACAAUCGUUAAUUUUAGAUUUUCAAUAUAUAACAAGUACUGCAAUGUUACAAAUAUGUAAACAGGAUUCAGAAUCACAUUAUCAUAAUCAAAGUGAUCAUUUAAAUCGUAUUAGAGGUGAACCACAAUCACCAAGAAAUUCACUUGAUCAUUCAAAACAAGUACCAUUUCUCAUUGUAUCAUGGUCAAAAGAUGAUAAAUUAAGAAUAUCUGAAAUAGAUGAUAGAUUUAAGAUGACAUUAUAUGAUUACAUGCAAAAUAUGGACAAUAAUAGCAAAGAGGCAGCAAUAGCAACAAGCAUAAAAGACAUAUAUCCAAUAAUAAAUGAACCAAAGAAAGAAAUAAAUGUACGUCGAGGUGUACCAGUAAGAAAAACGAUAUAUUCUUCGGGUAUGGAUGUUAUCAGUGAAUAUAUAAAUGGAAGUAUAAAAUAUGAUGACGGUGAAGAAUUGGGAGAAUUUAAACCUUUGUCGGCAAGAACAUCAAUAUCUUCCGACAGAAGUAUUACAGAUAAUAGUAAAGAAAAAUCAACAACGCAAACAAGCGAACAUCUAUUGGUUGAUCAACAACAAUAUCUCUUGAAUAAUGAUGAUAAACAGAAUAAUGAUGUAUUAUCUGUCGCAUCGGAACUAUCAUCAUUGAACGAUACAUAUGGCAAUUACAUAACUGUUCAAUCAUAUGAUAUUGCCAAACGAUCAUGUACUGUACUAUGCAAAUAUGGUAGUACACAAAAAAUAUUUCAAUUGCAACUAAUUUUAUCUAAAAAUUAUCCAAUUGUUGCAAAUAUGGUAACAAAAUUUAAACCUGAUAAAUUUGACAUCAAAUUGCAAUCAAAAAUUCAACAAAUAUUAGACGAUAAGUCACAAGAAUGUUUAUAUCAAGGACAAAUAUGUUUAGAUGCAUGUUUACAAACGUUAGCCCAAUUCCUAUUUAAUUAUAAUAAACAACAACAACAACAGCAGACAGUAAACAUUAAACACACUCAUUUACGAAUUCCACAGAUGUUACAACAGAUCGCGAAUGAUGAAGAUUUAAUUAGUACAAGUAUUGGCAGCACAACAGGUGUCGACAUUGGCGUGUUGGAAGGUGAUAACAAUAAUAAUGUACAAUCAACUCGUACUAAUAGUAGUUUAAUGAAUACUACAAAUUUUACACAGUCAAGUUCAGCCGCCUAUACCUAUUUUUUAAAUACAUCAAUGUCCACAACAUCCGCACAAAUUCAAUUGAAUGCUCGAACGUGUGGUGCUCGAUUUUCAGGAAUAUAUAUUGUUUGUUUUGGUAAAUCAUCUUAUAAACAAAUAGGUUCUCGACCACCCACUCAGCAAACAUUAAUGGGUGGUGAUGAAGUUACUAACAUCAGUGAGCAACGUUCACUUACUCCGAUAAUGAAUAAACGAUCAAAUAUACCACAGAGUCAAACAACAAAUAAUCUCAUGUUAGUUAUGAGCAGACAACCGACAAGAUCAACGAGUUUAACUGGGCAAAAUCCCAAAAGUAGAGGAAAUUCAAGUACAGAUGAACCAAUUCAUCAACAACAUAAACACACUUCUCUGUCAACAGAUGUUGUAAACAUUAGCAAAAAACAAACACCAACAAAUAUAUUUUCGGCUCCAACUGAUUAUAUUAGUCAUCAGCGUUUGUAUCACUAUAAAACGUCGACUGGUUACGACCUGCCUUCACAACAACAACAACAACAACAGCAACAGCAACGUACCUUACGUCGUGAUGGACCUGUUGCAGUCAUCUAUGAUUUGGGAAUAAUAUUACCCAUUAGUCAAAAGUUAGCCGGUGAUUAUACAGUUGAUUAUUCUCAUACUGGUGAAAUGUGUACAUGGAAUCAACAAAUAACAUCAUUUAUGGGUAAACAAGAUCUGGCACAAUGUUGGAAAUUAUUAUCAUUUCUAUUAUGUGUUGAUGAACAAAAACGACCUACAAAAGAAUGGUAUUCAUCACCUAUUGCAAGAGGUCUAAUUGAGCAUAUGGUUGAGUUUUAUCGCUCCGAAGGUGAUAUACAAUCAUCAGCAAUGUUUUUAAUGACAAUGUUUAAAACACCUUAUAUGGAUUCAUCAUCGUCUAAGUAUGAUUGUUUAUUAUACGGAUAUUCAUCUAUAUUACAUCGUUGGAAAUAUUUUUAUAAACGUACACAAUGUUUAUCUUUAUUACAUAAAACUUCAUCCUAUUUGUUACAAGUGAAUAAUUUUUGUUUACAAACACAUACUACUACUAUUCCAUUAACACCAUCAUCAACAUCCACUAUAUACCCAAUUAAAUUUCCUACACCAACAAUGGUUAAUCGUUUACAUGCAUGUUCGAUAUGUCAUCAACCAAUUCAUGGACCAAUUUCGUUGUGUCCCGGAUGUGGUCAUAGUUCACAUUCUCAUCAUUUGUAUCAUUGGUUUUUAUUACAUCAUCAAUGUCCUUUAUAUGGAUGUAAUUGUGCGUGUUUACUGAAAUAUAACGAUUUAUUAAGAACGAAUGAUUUAGGAAUGAAAGGCUCUCAGUCACAACAACAAUCACCAUAUAAUCAGUCGAGUCAUCAUCGAGUAUAUAGACAACAAUAA